AUGGGUCAGGUUCAGAGUAGAGAGAUAGACGAAAGUCAUUUCAAGCUGACUGUUAGUGACAAGGAUGCGCUGAUUAGCAAGUACAUCGAACUGGCCUCAUCCGCGAGAGGUGGAAAGGUCCUUGAGACUUCGGACGAACUCUUUGGCGAGGGUUUCCACUUGAUCAAAGAGGGUCCUGCUAUCGAGGACAAGGACCGCGAAACCCCCAACGGUUUCUGGAAAGAUGGCUGGGAGACAAGGAGACAUAACAAAAAGACCCACCACACCGCUAUUAUUCAACUUGCCAGUGCUGGAACAAUUGCUGGCUUUGAUAUCGAUACUUCGUUCUUUGAUGGAAGUCAUCCCUCUUAUGCCUCUGUCGAGGCUUGCCUUAAAGUUGAUGGAGUUCAGGACAAAUAUGAGUGGAAGGAGGUUUUGCCCAAGGUCCCUUUGAGUGGAAACUCACAUCAUUAUUAUGGAAUCAGAGCAUCAGAUGAUGUCUAUACUCAUGUCAAGCUCAAUAUGUUCCCAGACGGAGGAAUUGCUCGUCUUCGUGUUUAUGGAAAUGUGUCCCCCAUCUUCCCAGAUGAAAAAACGGUCUUGAAUCUGGCCUCACUUUCAAGUGGUGCCCGCGUAGUCAAGUCGAGCGAUGAACGUUACGGAAAGUCUUCUAAUCUUAUUCUCCCUACCGAGGGCACCAACACCCGUGAUGGCUGGCAGACUCGUCGUUCUCGUGUGGAAGGACAUUACGACUGGGUUGAAAUUAAAUUGGGUGCUAUGGGUCUUUUGGAAUCACUGGUUGUUGACACCACCCACUUCCGUGGAAAUCACCCUGACUUUGUCAGCUUAGAUGCCUGCAACAGUGAAUAUAAUGAUGUCCAGUAUGAUCCCGAUGUCACUUGGGUCUGCCUUUUGAAGAAGUCUCCAGUCCUGGGUGACGAAAAGAACAUCUACAUCCUCGAACCUACUGAGGAUGCUUACACGCAUGUCCGUCUUAACAUCUUCCCAGAUGGCGGUGUUUCGCGCGUUCGUGUUUAUGGAGCGCGUGUUCCCGAACCGGUAGCACCUGCGGUGGAAGUUGAAGUUAUAGAGGAGAAACUAGUUGACGCUGUAAACGAUCUCAAGGUCAACGGAUUGUUGAAAGCCGCAGCUGCUAUUUCUCCAAAGGACCCAUUAGUCGCAGUUUCUAGCACGUCCAACAUUACAGAAACCACAGAAACCACAAAAAUUACAGAGAUCACAACGAUUGUUGAGACGACCGAGAAAGUUGUUGAAACAACUGAGGAAGUUGUUGAGGAAGGACCAAAUGGCAUUGCUACUGAUGGUCUUCCAGUCUUGACCGCAGAGGCCUCAUCCGUAACCUUGGUUGAUGAGGAAACAGCUGAACCAGCAAAGAAGAGUCCAGCCAAGCGUGGACGCGUCAAGGCUGCGGCAAAUGCUGCAGUAGCUGCCUCCAAGCUGGCAUCGCCCAAGAAGAAGGCCAAGGGUCGCUCCUCUAGUGUGUUGGACGAGGAGGAUGAGGCAUCGGAGUCAUCGUCGGUUUCAGGAACUCCCCGCGCUAAGAAGGCACGCGAGUAA